AUGGACGAUGAUUCGUUGGCUGGAAAUUCAGGUGAGCGUUUUUGUUUCUAUUCUAUAGAAAAUUAAUCAACAGUAUUUUUGUUCUAGGUGGAAAAGGAUAUUGGAAGCAGAAUUUGUAUUUAUUGCAAGAAAAAGCGCCGAAACCAAAUGCAGUUUUAUGUCGAAGACAAUUAGAAAAUCGACCAAGGCAAUAUGGCCAAGAAUUUCAUGGAUUAAUAGAACGCGCAGAUGCCGAAAGAAUGCUGUUACAAUCUGGAGAAGGCGCAUAUCUUGUGAGAGAAUCGACACGUUCAAAAGACGCUUAUACAUUAUGUAUGGUUUUUGAAGGAAAAGUUAUGAACUAUAAAUUAUUUUAUGACGGCGCUUUUUAUGUGGGCGAAAAACGAUUUGAUACAAUGGAUCUUCUUGUUGCUGAUGGUUUAAUAUCAAUGUUCGUUGAUUUACACGCUUCAGAUUAUAUAAAACGAAUGGCUGACGAAGCGAUUUAUGAGGAUAGUCCUUAUUCGAAAUAUACAAAUGCAACUUCAGAUAUUGCUCGAAGACCAAUUACAAGAUCUCAUAAUUUUUCGUCAUAUACUUUCAAAGCUCCACAUUACUGUGAUUAUUGUCGCAAUUUUCUUUGGGGUUUAGUUCAUCAAGGAAUGCGAUGUGAGGAUUGCGGAUUUGCAGCACACAAAAAAUGUUCAGAAAAAACACUGCAUGAUUGUAGACCUGAAGCGAAAUAUGUGAAAAGAAUGUUUGCUGUGGAUAUUACGACACUUUGUAUGGCACAUUCUACUGAUUUACCACCAGUUGUAACACUUUGCAUUGAUGAGGUAAGCUCAUUUGAAAUUCAUAGUCUUUUUCAAAAAAAAAAAGAAAUAUGUUUCAUGUCAGGUCGAAAGUCGUGGAUUGAAUGUGGAAGGAAUUUAUCGAGUUUCUGGAUCGCAUGAACAUAUGGAAAAGUUGAGACAACAAUUCGAUUCGAAUCAAAAUGUUGAUUUGAAUAAUGUAGCCGAUAUUCAUACAGUCUGCGGAUUGUUGAAAUUAUAUUUCCGACUUCUUCCACAACAAUUAAUUCCAUUUAGUGUGCAUAAGAAUAUGCUUCUGGCUUAUCAGGAGACGAAUAAUCGACCGAUUCAUGAUAGAAUUCGGAUAUUGAGGUAGAUUUUUGAAAAAAUUCGGAAUUGAGUUAUGACGUGGCAAAGUUUGUUGCCUGUUACAAGGGAGCUGUUUCAACUUGCAAUCGUGAUUUUCAAUGAAAUUUAUGUUUUCUAGUAGUUUUCGACUCACUGACUUACGAUUCCGUUGUCUAAAACCGCUAAGCUCAACUCCUAACAUGAGUAAUGACGUGACAAAGUUGGAAAAAGUCGAAAUAUUGCGACUUUGGGAGGUCCGAAUUGUUAAUCGAGACUCCUGAAUAACGCUAUGCUAUCAGAUUUUCAUGAAAAUAAAUUUGAAAAUGAGUUUCGACCUCCUAAAGUCGCAGUUUUUCGAAAUUUUCCAACUUUGCCACGUCAUAGCUCAUGUUAGGAGUGGAGUUUCGCAGUUUCAGACAGCGGAAUCGUGAUCAGCGGGUCGAAAACUACUAGAAAACAUAUAUAUUUUAUUAAAAAUCACGAUUGCAAAUUGAAACAGCUUCCUUAUUAGAACACAGGCCCUGCUGAACUAUUCACAACUUUUUUCCCUUCCAGAAAAACCAUAAUGGAAUUAUCCGACGCCAACAUCAUAACCCUUGGCGCAAUUUUGGCACAUUUGAAAAAAGUGUCGGAGCACAGCUCGCAGAACAAAAUGACCAUCGAAAACCUGGCCACAAUUUUCUCGCCAACACUUUUCUGCUCUGGCGCCAUUCCAGCAAUGCCAAAUCAUCAAUUGUUGCAUUUUAUGAUCAGUAAUCCGAGAAUUGUUCCAAAACAUCAAUAA